GAUGAAAUAAUAUUCAAACAAUUUUCAUCCCUUGAAAACAUAGUUAAAUUUACUGUUAGACAGUUAAUUACUUCAAUGGAUAAUUACUAAAGUAGUGAGUAACGUUAAAUGCUACUUGUUUUGCCUCUUGACUUGAAGCAAAGAUAAACAAAAGAUUAGUACACCAAGACACACAAAAUCCUGUGCAGACAUCGGCUAUUUGAAAUUUUGCUUGUUUAACCAAUUAAUUAUCUCACUGGUGGGAAAAGAUAUAAAUGAACUUUAGUCUCAAUGUCUUUCGAGUGUUGUGGAAAUAGUCGCAGUACUGGAGACUCGUUUCUCCAGUCGUUGCAAAAUUUAUUUGCACUUAUCGAGAGGCUUUUCAAUAAUCAAAGUUAUCAUUAUGUGUGUUGGACUCUUUUCACAGCUGGUAUGGUGUUGGUAAUGAUCUUGUGCGCAGUAUCAAGAAGUAGAUAACGUGAUAAUGGCGAUAUUACUGGGAACUUAUUAGAAUAUUGCUGAAAAUUAUUAUAUAAAAGUGAAUGAAGUGGUUUACUAGACAACAUUGAAGUGCGCUGAUCGAAUCGAAGUUGUGGAAAAUGCUAAUGGAUGACAUAAUGGUACUUGACAACUCAAAUGCAGGCGUCCAAUAGAUUAGCAUCUGUACCAUAAAAUCUUGUGAUAUGGUGAACUUCACAGUCUUCAACAACCCAAGUGUAUGACGACGUGUGUAAUAAGUGAAUUAAACGGGCUUGUAGAGGUGAUAGUUGGAGUGGGAGCAGUUGUAAGACGACUACUGUGUCGUCGCGACAACCAGCUGCUCGCUCACCGAUUACAAACGAGAUGAAACCGAUGCCGACUGUAUUCAGCCGAUGAGACUAAAGGCAUCGGAAAUAAGUCCACCUCGCAAAAAAAAUGGCGGGUGAGGACACGCAGAUGAUUGCCAAUGGUGCUGUGAAUGUUUUGACAAUUAUCCCGAGUGAAAAGAUGUUAAAUGGAAACGUUGAUAUGCAUUGCAAUAAGCUUAAUAAUAAUGGAUCAAUUGUUAAUGGAAAAGUGAUAGACAUUACUGGAGAAAAUGGCAAACUUUUAUCCAUUGGUGAUGAAAAGUCCAACAGUUUACAUACAGAGUUUGAUGAUGCUGAUAUUUCUUGUGGAUGGGGACCUUGCAGGCCUCACUGGUUGCAGUUUUUUGCGACUAAGCAGGCUUUUUUAGUUAUUUUUUGUCUUACUUGGGUGCUCCAGGGCAUGUAUUAUACGUAUUUUGUCUCAGUGAUAACAACUAUCGAAAAGCUAUUCCAAAUUCAGUCAAAGACAACUGGUAUAAUAAUGUCAGCGACUGAAAUCGGCCAAAUUGGCUCGUCUCUUUUACUAACUUACUACGGAGGUCAAGGUCACAGACCCAAGUGGAUUGCCUGGGGCAUGAUACUCUUUGCGGUGAGCUCCUUCACCUGCUCCAUUCCCCAUUUUAUCUUUGGGGAACAGCUGAUUCAGCAGAAUGAAAUGCUCGUCAGUGCUGUAGGGCAUGGUGGAGAGGGCGGCGGUCCUAAUUUUACUGACGCCAUUCCUGCCAAUUUAUGCAAACUUGACCCACGACAAAACAAUGCUACAGUCAAUCCUAAUGGAUGGGUUUUUGCCACAAGUCCUCCACACUUUAACUCUGAUUCUGUGGAGUAUUGUGAAGGUGAAUUUCUUACUGAGCAAAGGAUCCAAAGCAAAAUCACAACAGUCGUCCUUGCAAUAUUUUUUGUGUCCCUGUUGGGCGUAGGAAUGGGCCAGACUGCAGUUUAUACACUUGGAAUUCCAUACAUAGACGACAACGUUGCAUCCCGCGAGAGUCCUUUGUAUUUUGCCAUAACAAUAGGAGUGCGAAUCCUUGGUCCGGCACUUGGUUUUAUUCUUGGUUCCCUUUGCACCAUGCUGUAUGCUGAUCUAUCGGCUAAUCCACAAAUCACACCCACUGACCCGAGGUGGGUUGGUGCUUGGUGGCUUGGUCUUGUUCUCAUAUCUGCCAUGCUGAUGUUGGUCAGCGUUGCCAUGUUCGCUUUCCCCACCCGAUUGCCCACCAGUCGAUCGCCACCUAAGAUAGAAGAUUCAAAGAAACCUAGUCUCAGAGAUUUUCCUAAGGCUGUCAAGAGACUGCUCAGAAAUGACAUCCUCAUGUUCAGAACUGCCAGCAGCGUCCUCCAUAUUCUACCCAUCGCUGGAUUAUACACAUUUUUGCCAAAAUAUUUGGAGACACAGUUUCGUCUUCCUGCUCAUCAUGCUAAUAUGAUAUCAGGUGUUGGAGGAAUCUUGGUGAUGGGUUUAGGCAUAAUAAUCAGUGGAGUUUUUAUCCUAAGAGCCAAACCUAAUGCCAGAUUUGUAGCUGCUUGGAUAGCUUUCACUGCAGUGGUCUACGCGUUAGGAAUGGGUAUUUUAAUGUUCAUCGGCUGUCCCAUGGAUGAUUUUGCUGGUCUCACUACUAAGGCUGAUGGAAUAACUGGUUUUGAACCAACAUGCGAAGCAAGCUGUGAUUGCGAUCGAAAUAAAUUUAGUCCGAUAUGUGGUGCAGAUAAAAGAACAUAUUUUUCAGCUUGUCAUGCGGGAUGUUCGAAUUACACUAUAACAGAUGGUAAAGUCUCAUCAUUUUACAACUGCCAAUGUGUUGGGCAAAAUGAAACGAUGCCAGAAGUAUUGAGUUCAGCUACAAUUGGAUACUGCGAACUUGAAUGCAGUAACUUUUGGGUCUACAUGAUCCUGUUUUCCUUGUUUGUCUUCAUUCACUCAACGAGUGAAGUGGGAUCGAUGCUUUUGAUACUGCGAUGUGUUGAUCCCAGAGACAAAGCCAUGGCUUUAGGACUCAUACAAUUUGCCAUUGGUUUAUUUGGAAACGUACCUUGUCCCAUAGUUUACGGAGCUGUAGUAGAUUCUGCUUGUCUUGUUUGGGAAUAUGCAUGUGGUGAACGUGGUGCUUGUUGGCUCUACGACUCAAAUAUAUUCAGGAUGUUCUUUCAUGGCACUACAGGUGGAAUUCUUAUAUUAGCGUUCAUUGUUGAUCUCGUUGUAUGGUACAAAGCAGGAAGUAUAAAUUUCGUAGAUGAGCAAACGGGAGAAGAGGGUUCAGCUGAAGAAAUGACUACUCUCAAAUCCCAGGAUGCCCAAACAGUGGACAACGAUUACCUAUGAAAGGUUGAUGAUAAAACAAAUAAGAAAAUAUAUUUUUUUUAGACCAUUAAGGUGAGUAAGAGGAUAUUUCAUGUGAAAGAUAUAAUUAAACCAGUGAGCAAAGAGUACACUGAACUGAAUUAUAACGAAUAGAAAUGUCACAUCGAUAAUUCAGCUGCGUGUUAAUUUUUAUCAGUAAUUAGGGAAUAAGUAUUGCCAUAAAAACGUGCAGGUGGAUAAGACGAUGUGGAGUAAUUAUUAAUUAUGAGAGUAAUUAUGUUUGUAAGACAAUGCAAAUGAAAAUAACGUUUAGUCGAUGAAUAGGCAAUAUAUAUAUACAUAAAUAUAUAUAUAUAUAUACAUACAUCUAUAUCUAUAUGUACUAUUCGCGCCUAAAUAUAACGGUGCUACCUAAAAAACGAGAACUGGAAUUUGUGUCAAGUUGCAGAAUGGAAAAGCAUACGCAAAUCAUUUCUCAUGAAAAAUAUGAAUAUAUUUAUGUAUUUACUUUUAAAAAUUAUUUGUGAAUUUUUUAACGCAAUCAGCAUCAACGAUCUGACAUAAUCGGCUGGCUGGUUAAUGUUAGAAAAAAAUAUACAAGACUUAAUUAAUUAGUUGAUAUAAUUUUAUUGAAUCAAUCAGCAUAGCUAAGCUGCUAUUGAAGAUAUUUUUAUAUUUUAGUCAUGUGAUAUUGAAA